UCCUGGAUGUGUGCCCUGCCUUCUUGCUUCACUUUUAUUCUCAACUUUCCCCUGGGUCCCUGACGGCAUCAGCCUUAGUCCCUCCCCUUGUGGUUUUCUUUGCCGCUCUAAACACAGCAACUGCACCUCACCUUUUGGCUCUCUGUGCCAAAGUUUCAACAUACUCCCUUGCUUCGUUGAGAACAUCAGCAUCUCUUGGUCAUCUGGGAGGAAUGAUGCCUCAGCCUUGAGGCACUGCUGGUCUCCCACGUAUCUUGUCGCCUCUCCUUUGGCCCCUGCAACUUGUGGAAGAGGAAGGAAACAGGAUUAGAAUCUGCUGGUGGGGCAGGGAGUGGUGGUGCUGCUCCCUAGCCUCCAGGAGUACGCCUGAGUGCGGCAUUGCCACAACAACAGCUUCCACUUACUCCUAGAUAAGAGGGGCAAGAGCAUCAGCUGCAGACCCAGUCCUGAAAGAUCCUCCAGUGAGCUCUGACAACAAACUGCAGCUUCCCUGCCCCCUCACACCGCUCAUAUCUUUAUAGGAGGAGAAAAGUCUGUUUCAACGAUGUCAACAGAAUGCAUUCAGCCACUUGAUAUCCCAGACGACAGACUGGACAAGCAAGAUUCACAGUGUAACCAUUUAGCAGAAGAUCUUUCAGAGCAGCUGAUAAAGAGCUGUGACCUCAAAAAAAAACCAAGAAAAGGUAAAACUGUCACAGCUUCCCAGAAGACUGAACAGGAGCAAAAGAAGCCAAAGAGAAAAGAUACACCGGCUUUUACUCCACCGCCUCUAACAGGCAUAGUUUCAGACUCAUCUGAAAAUCUGCUGAAAAGGUAUGGUAUCACAGAGAAGUCACAGAGAGAGAGAGUGAGUCCAGCCUCUCAAAUCACUGAACUGGAGCAGAAAAAGCCCAGAAGAAAGGAUACACCUGCAAUACACAUCCCACCUUUGAUAAUAGGCACUAAGCUGUUUACAGAAGAAGAACAAACAGUGAUUAUGGAAGAUGAAGAAAAGGAUGGAGAAACAAUCCACAGUUAGAUUACAGUGAUAUUUCAAUAAUACAGUGUAAAUAAUCAUGGGUCAUUCAAAGUGGCAGCACAUUAAAAAAGAUCUUUCAUCUUUAUAAAUAAUUUUCUCAAUUGUACACUUGAAUUUAAGCUAUCAUCAAGUGCUUAUUUGCAUCUUAUAAUUCCAAGCUUCAUUGGAGAUGAAUGGCAGAACGCCUGUUACAGCAGUGUAGACAAUUGUCUCCACUGGCUUGGUGAAAGAUGAAAUAGUUGGAUAGUUGAUCCAUUUUGCUCCAAAUAAUUUCCUUUCACAUCUGCUUUUCAAACUGAGUCCUAGGUAAUCAGUUAGGAGAGGUUGUAAAGAUUCAAAAUCACCGCAGGAAGGUAAAAAUUGAGUAAAAGCAAUGAUGUUACUCAAUGGUAUAUGCUUACUGCAAGGUAGAAGAGCAUUGUGUGAAUUUUUUAAUAGUUUACCUCAAUGAUUCAAACAAGAAUUGUUUUCACAGCCAGCUACAGCCUUCAACAUUUGUAGAGAGAUGCGUAUUGGUAGAAUAUUUUGCAAAAAAAAUAUAUAUAGAACUGGGCACUUUGUGCUUGCCUUAAUAACUCUGGGCUAAAUGGAGUAGCACUGCCAGCUGAACCCUUUCAGAACUAAGCAGAGAGGCUGAAGAUUAUCUAGUCUGGCAACUGAAUUUAGUUAUCUUUUCAACUCACUUAGACAGACAGCUGAGGACCAUACUAGUUUGGACUCCAUUUUCCACUCUGACUGACCCAGCAUGUUUCAUGAGAAUGCAGUGCAUUCACAAAUAUAUGUGAAUGUAUACUCUCAAGAUGUAGUCAACGAGCUUACAAUAAAUAAUUGCAUAUUAAAUUG